AUGGGAGGCGGCAUAUGGGCUGCAGGCGGCCUCCCCUCUUCCCCCUUCCGCCAUCCGCCUGUCCCAUACCCGUCCCCCCGUACAUUCCCCAUCCCCCAGACCGUUCCCCUUCACCCCAACUGUUCCCCCUUCACUCAUCUCUUCCGCUGGCAGGCAUGGGAGGCGGCAUACUACGAACUGCAGGCGGACUCCCCCCUUCCCCCUUCCGCCAUGCCCCCUCCCCUGACAGGCAUGGGAGGCGACAUAUGGCCGGCAGGCGGACUCGCCCCUUUCCCCUUCUUCCUUCCACCCUACCCAUCCCCCCGCCCGACCGCAUGGGAGGCGGCAUAUGGGCUACAGGCGGACUCCCUCCUUCCCCGCGCGUUCCCCCUCCCCCCUGAACGUUCCCCCUCCCCCCCGACCGACUGCGCGGCCCUGACUGCCUGGCGCUGGGCGCAGGAGCAGGGGGACGCGGGGGACACGGGGGACGCGGGGGAAGCAGGGGGAACGGGGGAAGCGGGGGAAACGGGGGAAACGGGGGAUGUGGGGGAAGGGGGGAAAGCACGAGGAGUGGGGGAAACGGGGGAAGCAAGGGGAGAAUCAAAGGAGGGCUCACAAGUAAGCGGGGAAAGGGGGAAGCUUCCCCCCUGGGCGGCACAAGCUCACCCCCAGCCACCCUGGAUCCUCGGGUCUGACGCAGCCAAUCUGGCGAUGACACGUGUCGCUCAGAGGGACAUCUGGGCGCACCAGUUCCCCCCUGGGGGAGACUGCAGCAAAGACCGGCUCCUAUUGGUGGAUUGGCCGAGCUCGGUGCACGGGAUUGGCUCACAGCUGCAUAUCAUGAGUGCGGUUCUGAGCCUCGCAAUGCGGUUCAAAAGGGUGCUGGUUCCCACCAAGGGGUCGUUCACUCGAGCCAGCCACUCCGAUUGCAAUGCCACAGGCACGUUUGGUUCCUUCCACUGUUACUUCCUCCCCAUCGUCUCUCCUGCUUGUGAACACGAAGCUGAGCUGGCAGUGGCGGCGGCAGCAGCGGCCAAUGAGACGCUGCCACGUAUGACAGAGGAGAGCAAGGAGGCGGUUCUGGCGUCGGAGCAGCGAGUGGUGCUGUUCCAUGGGGAGCCUUAUAACGGAUUGCGCUUUGAAGGGGAUGCCAGGUGA